UUUAAACUAAAUGAUCGUCGUUCUAACAAAUCAACGAUCAAGUAGAGUAAAUGUUGGUUGAAAUCAAAUUUCGACGAUUAUUUGGGUAAUUUAUCGUUUUUUUGGGCAAGGGUAAAAGUGUCAUUUAUUGAAUUUGUGUUAAAAGUGUCAUUUAUUAAACUUAAAAAGGGGAGGUUUUGUAAUUGUUUGAACUUUUAGCUCCAUGUAUAAUUAGACUUUAUUUCAGGGAGCAUAGUGCAAUUUACUAUGCAAUUAGAACAGAAUGAAAUAUCCUCCCAAAUUCAUAUCGGCAUAAAGAGGAAAACAGGAGAAAAUCCGGUCGUAAAUUAGAGCAGAAUUCCGAUUACCCACAAAUUGUUCUUCGAAUUGGGUCUCUCGCGAAGCAUAAUUCUUUCGCCAUUUGAAUAUUUGAGGUAUAUACUCCGCCCAAUCUGAGUCACACCCUAAUUUCGUUUGAUAUUUGUUAGUUUUCUUCCGUUUGUUUUCAUUUCAUUUUUCUUCUGAUUUUUGUAGAACUAUACCUUCCCCAUUUCUGUAGUAAUCCUCAAAACAUUGAUCUUAUUCUCAUCAGAUUUGUAAUUUUUUUUUAUCACUUUUUCGAUUUCAAUUCUUUCCUUGUUCAGCCGACUCAAUUUUCGCUCGUCGAUCUAGGGUUUGAGUUAUUAUCCUUUCUGCUAUUUGAGGGUGUGAUUGAAUCGGGUUUAUCGUUAAGUCGUGGGUUUUGUCAAUCAAUUUUUGACUUGGGUGAUAGUUCAGAAGUUUGAAAUAAAAAGGUCGAUUCCAGAAUUUUUUUGGGGGGUCGAAUUUGUAAUUAAGUUUAGGGUGAAACAUUUUAUGGAAUUUGAAUGCCAAAGGGAUACAAAAAUCGUAUCAAAAGACACCUCAACAAAUUGCUUCGAUAAUCCCCAAACACAGAAAGUAGAGCCAGAUCAACUUCUUCUGUCCAACAAUAGAAAAAUCGAAUCUUUGGAUGCGAACAACCUCAAAAGUGCAUUAAAAUCAAAUGGCAAACUGGGGAUCCAUUUCAUCGAGCCUCUGCCCAAUCACAGCAGGUCAUUUACCGAUCUCCCUCCUGCUUUGGUAUCCGAAAUCCUCAAUUUCCUCGACCCAAAAGAACUCGGAAUUGUAUCUUGCGUCAGUACAUCUCUGUACAGGCUAGCCUCCGAGCACCAUGUGUGGAAGGAGUUCUACUUUGAAAGGUGGGGCCAUCCAGCAACUUCAGUCAGUUUGGAGCCAGACUGUUCGAACGAGAAAUCAUGGAAGGAACUUUUCGUCGAGAGGGAGUUUCGAAGCAAGACAUACAUGGGCCGUUACAGCAUCGACACAAUGUAUGGCCACAAAGAAGCUGUUAGAACAGUCUUCGUCUUAGUUUCAAAGAAGCUAGUCUUCACCUCAGGGUAUGAUCAAAUAGUAAGAAUGUGGGACAUGGAAGAAGGUUUGUCAAUUGCAUAUUCCAAACCCCUCGGUUGCACCAUUCGUGCUGUUGCAGCCGAUUCGAGGCUUUUGGUAGCUGGUGGUACAGGUGGAUUCAUACACGGUUGGAAAGUCAAUGAUCAAAACCCACACUUGUUUGACUUACGGUCCCCACAGAAUCUUGAUACAGAAUUCCGACUAUGGGAGCAUGUGGGGCCCAUCACUUGCCUCGCGUUGGAUUUUACUAAGAUGUACAGUGGCUCUUGGGAUAUGACCAUACGCGUUUGGGAUCGUUCGUCUUUGAAAUGUCUGAACGUGCUGUUGCAUAACGAUUGGGUGUGGAGCCUUGUUCCUCACGACACUACUGUAGGGAGCACCGCAGGUAAUUGUGUCUACAUUUGGGAAACUAAUAGCGGGUGCCAGCUGGCGGUCACGGGCAAUGCUCGUACAGGCAAUGUGUAUUCUUUGGCAAGAAGCCACACGGGGAAACUUUUGUUCACCGGAGGUGAAGAUGGUUCUAUACACAUGUUCGAGAUCAACCGUAAUUCGAAGUGCAGUGUAAGAAAGACAGCAACUUGGGUACCUCAUAGCGGGCCCGUUUACUCUCUCGCGUUCGAGUUCCCUUGGCUUGUUUCGGCUUCGAGCGAUGGGAAGAUUUCGCUUAUUGAUGUCAGAGAGUUGUUGAAGACCAAGAAACAUUCUUCUUGUUCUUCAUCCAAGAAUGUGGAGGCCCCACAGAGAAUGUUGCACGGGUUUAAAUGCAAUUUGUUCUCGGUCGGGAUCGGUUUCGAUCGAAUUGUUUGUGCGGGUGAAGAAGGUGUUGUGAGAAUAUGGAACUUUUCGCAAGCUCUGGAUAUUGAACAGAGGGUCAGAGCUUUGAGGGGUAAAAGGGUCGAAAAUAGAAUGAGGCGGCGUAAGAUUCAAGCGGAGACGAGUGUUAGAGGUGGGCAGGAAGCGCAGUGUUCGGUUGCUGCAAAGAAGGAUCAAGAUAAGAACGGGUGGCAUAGCAAGCGUAGAGUAAGUGGGAAGCUAAAAGCUUAACUGUAGAUUGUGUUUUUUUUUGACACUGUUAUUUUAGUGUUAAUCAAUUAGUAAUGAUGUAUGGAAAUAUGAUGUUAAUCAAUUGUUUUACUGAAAUAUUUUUCGAUUUUCGUUUUUGCUCGAUUAUGGUGCCUUGAAAAAGUCAAAUACAUUUGAAAAUACGUUUGGUUGGACUCGAUU